AUUCUGAUUGCUGCUCUUCUUGGAGUUUUCCUGGCUCCAGCUCUUGCUGACUGGAAUAGCAAGGAAAACCUCGAGGGGUACCACGGUGAAAACUCACACCACUCCGACUCUGGGGAGGACUCUGGGAGCAGCAGCUCAGAGGAGCACUCUGAGGGCUGGGUAUCCGCAUGGGACAGCAAGACUGGCUACGUUGCAACCAAGGUACUUUCAAAAAACACCUGCGUCAUUGCUAAACUGGACAACAGAUUUCCGCUUGAUGGACCGUAUGCUGCAAACUUUGAAGGGCACAAGGGACCUCACAAAUUUCUACCCCGCGACACUCGCUUCAUUGUCUCAAGAAACAGGCUCCAGAGCUUGCGCCCAUACGGAACCCGCAUUCAAGAUCUGUGCAGAGGAAUUCCCUCUUACUUCGCUUACCCAGCUCCUGGUGAGUACGACAGUAACAAUGUUCUGUAUAUCAGAACAAAGAUUAUCACACGUAAGGAUGAAGAGGAUUUACGUGAAGACGAGCAAGUUAAUUCUUGA